GUAAUACUAAUCAAGCAAUGAGCCUACGCUGAGUACUCCAGAUGGAAUUUAGUAGUAGGCGCCUCAGAUCACCAUGUUCCGUCCCCUCCACUUGACCCCCUACAUCACACGCCCCUUUCUCAAAUCCAAUUACCUCCCGACCCCGAGGUUCUUCACCCUCUCUGCGCUCUCCCUCGCCGACAAAGCAUUACCUCCCCGCCUGAAGAUCCAAGAUGCCGACGUGACAGUCUCAUACCUCAAGGGUACUGGCCCUGGAGGCCAAAAGAUUAAUAAAACCAACUCUGCCGUCCAGAUCAUACACAAACCAACGGGCGUAGUGGUCAAAUCUCAAGCCACACGAUCCCGUUCCCAGAAUGAGAAGAUAGCUCGUCAGCUGCUUGCUGACAAGGUGGAAGAGCUCCUACAUGGGGACCAAAGUCGCGCGGCCAUCAAGGCCGACCGCGCGAGGAAAAAGAAGGCCAGUAAAAUGAAGAAGAGCCGGCGCAAGUAUCGUGAGCUCGAAGAUGGCAAGGAGAGUCAAGAGGCAGAAGAGGACGAUGCACAGGAGUCCGCUGAUUCAAAGCACGAAUCGGAAGUAGAAGGAGCAGACAUACAGAGUCCCCAUCAACUGGCAGCCCAACAAAAUCUACAGCAGGAGCAUGUCCCGGACAGCGCGCGGAGCCAGAGGUAAAUGAUCUUCUGCAUCGCGUGCGCCACCGUUUUACAUUCGCACACUAAAGCAAGGCACGCUGUCGCUCUCCAAACGUAGUUAAACUUACAUAAAACGGGAACAAACUAGUACUUGGGAAAUCGACUACGAGGAAGUUGAGGCAUAUCAGUGUCAUCUA